ACGCAAGUGCUUUUGGGGCGCGCAUCGUUAUUAGGAUUUGACUUCGGAUUUUCCCUCGGGAUACUGAACCAGCAAAAUAUGUCUGAACAAGUUGAUGAAUUGGAAAGUUCCGAGCUCGGCACGAAGGAAUAUUGGGAGUCAAGCUAUGAUACGGAGAUUCGGAACUAUAGAGACCAUGGCGAUGUUGGUGAGGUAUGGUUCGAUGAGGACAGUCAGCUGAGGAUUAUCCGAUGGAUCGAGAAACAAGAGGAUCGGAUAAGUCAGGAUGCUUCUAUAGUUGAUUUGGGAUGCGGUAAUGGUAUGAUGUUGAUUGAGUUGGCACGUGAGGGUUAUUCACAUUUAACCGGAGUAGAUUAUUCGCCCAAAGCGAUAGAGCUUGCCGAAGCGAUUUGCAAGGACCAGAAUCUUUGUAUCAGCUAUAAGGUGGUAGACUUAUUGAACGAAACGGCAGUGCACGAAUUGGGAAAGUUUUAUGUUGUCCACGACAAGGGCACAUACGAUGCGAUUAGUUUACACCCAGAAGAUUCUAAAAAGAUGCGAGAGAUUUAUAUGAAAAGUGUUGAUAGUCUCUUAGACGACGACGGACUAUUUAUUCUCACUUCGUGUAAUUGGACUGAGAGUGAGUUAGUGAGAAGCUUCGAGGGAAUUUUCGAACUGCAUGCAGUUGUUCCAACGCCCACAUUUAAAUUUGGGGGUUCCGUGGGGAAUGUUGUUACAUCUGUGGUAUUCGUUAAAAACAAGAACAAUAAAACUGGUUGAGAUUUUGAAA